AUGGAGUUCCAGCGCUACGUGUCGCAGUGGCACAACCUGUCCAUGGAGGAACGUGGAGUGAAAGUCUCCACCUGGGCGUUGCGCCUCAAAACCCUGCGAACAGACGCCUCGCCCAAGAGGCUACGGAGAUUGAUCCUGCAAGCUGCUGCAGCCUUGUCGCCUCCACGGCUCGCUGCAGCGGGCGAAAGCGAUGGCACAGGAGCUGUCAGAGAAGAGCACCGGGUGACCGACAGCCAGCAAACUAUCAAGAAGACUUUGCUCCGGGCGCUUGCUUUGUGGAGUUCCCGAGCGCUGGAAGAUUCAGAGAUCGAGAUCGCGCGCUUGCGUAUUGAGCAUUUGAUAAGGAAGUUCGAAGAAUGUCAUGCUAACAUUGACUGUGCGGCGUCAUGUAAUCUCUGGAGGCGUUUGCGGGCCUUUGCUUUUGGUGAGCAGCGAGACACGCAACUUCAAGUCUAUGCAGCUUCUGACGUUGGCAAGAAGAAGAUGCACCAACGAAGACCAGCCAUUAGGUCAGACACGAGGACGUAUGAUCCGGGAGAGCAUCGCAUGAAGUUGCCAACCGUCGAGCACAGGCCUUCGGAGCCAAAGGUCAUCCGAUGUGAUCGUUGCUACCAUGAACUCGUCUCUUGCUGGUAUUUUGUUCACCCAAGGACAUCCCGAGCUACUGUGCUUGUGCCAAGCAAGGGCCACAUUUCGUGCAAAGGUGAACCCUCCGGGUCCAGAGCCUUCUUCAAGCCAGUCGACGGUUCCAACUCGAAGUGCGACAAUGAGUUAUCUCUUGAUUACUGUGUGCACAACUGCCGACGGGCGGUAUGUGCCCCAUGUGGUGGCAGCAACAUAUGUCGGCAUCGAAAGCCUAAAUGGCGAUGCGCCAUCUGCAAGCUUACGAUCCGAAAGCGGGUCAAAAAGGUGAUUCCUGCUCAUGCUUAG